GCGGAUUUGAGUAGUACAGUAGUAUAGCAGAUCUCGCCUUUGCUCCGCUCCUCCGCUCGCGCUGACUCUCUGCUCCUGUUAGCGGCGGGCGGUGAUCUUUGCUCUACAGUUCAUCGGCUCCGCCAUCGCCGGGAUAGAAGAUGUGGCGGCUGAAGGUCGGUGAGGGUGGGGGCGACGCGUGGCUGCGCACCAAGAAUGGGCACGUGGGCCGCCAGGUCUGGGAGUUCGACCCCGACGCGGGCGACCCAGACACCCUCGCCGCCGUCGACGCCGCGCGCCGGGAGUACACCACCGCGGGGCGUCACCGGCUCAAGCACAGUGCUGACAUCCUCAUGCGCAUCCAGUUCACGAAAGAAAAUCCACUUAAGUUGAACCUACCUGCUAUCAAGCUGGAGGAGAACCAAGAUGUCACUGAGGAAGCUGUGUCGACCUCUUUGAAAAGGGCGAUCAGCAGAUUUUCUACUCUCCAGGCACAUGAUGGACACUGGCCUGGGGAUUAUGGUGGUCCUAUGUUCCUUAUGCCAGGAUUGCUUAUAACACUAUAUGUGACUGGAGCACUGAACACUGUUUUAUCUUCAGAACAUCAGAAGGAGAUCCGCCGAUAUCUCUAUAAUCAUCAGAAUGAAGAUGGAGGUUGGGGACUGCACAUUGAGGGUCCAAGCAGCAUGUUAGGCUCAGCCUUGACCUAUAUUUCUUUGAGAUUGCUUGGAGAGGGACCAGAUAGUGGAGAUGGUUCUAUGAAAAAAGGUCGAAACUGGAUAUUAGACCACGGGGGAGCAACUUAUAUACCAUCAUGGGGAAAGUUUUGGCUCGCGGUACUUGGCGUAUUUGAUUGGUCUGGUAACAAUCCAAUGCCCCCAGAAUCAUGGAUGUUGCCAUAUUGCCUGCCAAUUCACCCAGGUCGAAUGUGGUGUCACAGCCGAAUGCCGUAUCUACCCAUGUGCUACGUUUAUGGAAAGAGGUUUGUCGGCCGAAUAACAUCACUCAUAAUGGAACUAAGAGAUGAACUCUACAAAGUCCCCUACAGCGAGAUUGAUUGGGACAAUGCUCGCAGUAUUUGUGCUAAGGAAGAUCUGUUCUAUCCGCGUCCACUGAUACAGGAUAUCUUAUGGGCCACCCUCCGUAAAUGUAUCGAACCAGUUAUGAUGCAUUGGCCUGGGAACAAAUUGAGGGAGAAAGCUUUGAACCAUGUGAUGCAGCAUGUUCAUUACGAAGAUGAGAACAGUCAAUACAUCUGUAUUGGUCCUGUGAACAAGGUACUAAAUAUGCUUGCUUGCUGGAUUGAAGAUCCAAAUUCAGAAGCAUUCAAGCUCCAUAUUCCAAGAAUCUAUGAUUACUUGUGGGUUGCUGAAGAUGGCAUGAAGAUGCAGUGCUAUGGUGGCAGCCAACUCUGGGACACAGCUUUCACAGUUCAAGCUAUUGUUGCUACUGGCUUCAUUGAUGAGUUCGCUCCCACUCUUAAGCUAGCGCAUAACUACAUUAAGAACUCACAGGUUCUUGAGGACUGCCCUGGAGAUCUGAGUUAUUGGUACCACCACAUAUCUAAAGGUGGAUGGUCCUUUUCUACUGCUGAUCAUGGUUGGCCUGUAUCAGAUUGCACUGCAGAAGGACUAAAGGCUGCAUUAUUGCUAUCCAAGAUUUCUCCAGAAAUUGUGGGCGAACCAAUGGAAGUUAACCGACUCUAUGAUGCUGUCAAUAUUCUGAUGUCUUGGAUGAAUGAAAAUGGUGGCUUUUCAACAUAUGAACUCACAAGGUCUUAUGCCUGGCUAGAGCUUAUCGGCCCUUCUGAGACCUUCAGCGACACUAUGAUUGAUUACCCGUACGUGGAAUUGACUUCAGCAGCAAUUCAGGCCUUGACAUCAUUUAAAAAGCUCUAUCCUAGGCACCGCAGGGAAGAUGUAGAUAACUGUAUCAACAAAGCUGCCAAGUACAUAGAGAGCUCUCAAAGAAGUGAUGGUUCAUGGUAUGGGUCUUGGGGUGUUUGUUUCACCUAUGGCACAUGGUUUGGAGUGAAGGGAUUAGUUGCUGCAGGUAGGACGUUCAGUAAUAGUCCGGCAAUCAGGAAGGCAUGUGACUUUCUGAUGUCAAAAGAGCUUGCUUUCGGUGGCUGGGGAGAAAGCUAUUUGUCAUGUCAAGAUCAGGUUUACACCGAUCUUGAAGGCAAGCGCGCUCAUGCAGUCAACACUGGUUGGGUCAUGCUGACCCUAAUUGAUGCAGGACAGGCUGAGAGAGAUCCAACACCUCUGCAUCGAGCAGCAAAGGUUUUGAUCAACUUACAGUCAGAGGAUGGGGAAUUUCCUCAGCAAGAGAUAAUGGGAGUCUUGACCAAAAACUGCACGAUGAGUUACUCCCAGUACAGGAACAUCUUCCCUAUCUGGGCACUCGGAGAGUAUCGUCGCCGAGUCUUUGUUGCGGGCAAGAAAUAGUACCACAUUUCUUGGGCAUGUGCAUUGGAAUCUCAGAAUCUGUGGGUAUAUCAAUCUUGUCACCUUCCUCUUCAGGACUAAUCAGGCAAUAGCUGUUCAGAGUUCUGUGACACAUUAUCAACAUAGGCUUGAGAUAGUGCCAGGUUGGGAUUGAGAAUCCUCAUUCAAGUCAGCAAAGUUGUCUAACUCAGUAUUGGGUGUGAACACCUGCUUGUCUGGUUGAACCUCAUCAUGAACCUGAGACUGAAUAUUUCUAGUAGAAACUAACUCUGAGAUAUUAGGUUAGGGUGAGACAAUGGGGUCCAAAACGUGACGAGAUCUAGACUACUCAAGAUCUAGACUACUCAGCUCAGCUCGUAUUACAGAAUAAGUGAGCUCAGUUUGACUUGAGCUGGAGUCAAGUGCAGAGUUUGUUCAUACUCCUGUAAAGAUGCUGAGCUUCUUUUGAGCCGAAUAAAAAAAUACUAAAAGCCUAGUCGUGAUGAUAAGGGAUAACCUAAUCAGUGACAAUUAUGUAUGCAUCCAUAUAGAACAGUAAAAAAUCUCAGGC